UCGUUAGGCUUAGGUAUGGCUGUCCCAAGCAUCCCGUCUAGCACUAAUCGGACCAUCAGGAAAAAUAUAAUAACAUCCGUUACGCCAUAUCCGGUUUCAGCUGUUAAAGAAACAAUGGCGUUGCUUCUAAGGACACUAGCCCGACAGGGCACUUGCUUGUCCCGCCCUCAGUUUGGCGUUUUCUACAGACAUGCUGUUCCAAUGGGAACCACAGCAAAGGAGGAAAUGAACAAGUUCUGGGCCAAAAACAACAAAAUGAACCGACCCAUGUCGCCACAUAUCACCAUCUACCAGUGGUCGGUGCCUAUGAUGAUGUCCAUCACACACAGAGGCACGGGAGUUGGACUCAGUGGAGGUAUAUCGGCGUUUGCUCUCUUAGCGUUGGUGUUGCCAGGUAGCUACCCGUACUACCUUGACCUGAUCCACUCCCUGUCCAUUGGCCCUGCUCUAAUCGGUCUAGCUAAGUUUGGCAUUGCCUUCCCUGUGUCCUACCACACCUUGAAUGGAAUCCGCCAUCUGUUCUGGGACAGUGGUAAGGGAUUUACGCUUCCUGAGGUGUAUCGCUCGGGCUACGUGGUCAUCGCUCUGUCAAUACUGACCUCCAUUGCUGCCAUUGCAUACAUGUGAGCAGCGAGGCGGAGGAAGGGAGGAGAAAGGGAAGCGGAGAGAAUAUGGAGUGAGGGAUGAAGGGGUUAUUUUGUUUAUUAUAUAUUCUGGUCUUUGUGUCACCAACACAGUAAUUGAAUGGAUAAAUGUAUAAAUAGUUCAAAUGUUUUGUAGUUUUUAUCAUGGAAAGGUUUAGCCUGGUCAAUCUGCUAACAUGGUCCCUGGGGUAGACGUAACAUAAUACAUGUAAAUCCGGGGCGACUCAAUUACUACGUUAUGCUAUGUUUCUUAUGGUAUAUAUUAAUUUGUGGAUGUUUCGCAUGGGUAUGUUAUAAAUUGGAAUUUGUAUAAUAUGUUACAAAUUUGCAAAACAUAUGUGUUAAGAAUUCUAAUUUGUUGUGGCUAAUGUUGGGUAGAUUUAGGGGUGAAAGGAAUGUCUUUAAAAAUUCAUAAGUACUUGCUAAAAUUGUCCGUGAUUUAGUUUCAAACACUCAUUCAUUCUUUGGGUUGCCAGAUGUUCACGUUAUUCACCCAUCCAACCACUCUACUUUCAUUGUUACCUUAAGGAACCUUCUGUAACCAUAUCAAAUAUCACCUUUAUGUAACCAUAUCAAACGUAACAUAUCAUACUAAUAUGAGGGUGCCGGAUUUAGAUGUACUAUGUUAUGUCUAGUCUAUGAGACCAGGCUGGCUGUGCUCAAGUUUAAUGUCAAGUGAAAUGCAUGUAAUAUAUUAGUGAAAUCAAUUAAACAGAAUGGGUGCUACAAAA